AACAUAAAACAUACAUACAUUGAAACAAAAAAAGAGUUAUAUAGUCAUGGCUAAGUCUGCUACCUUGAUCACCCUUCUCUUUGCUGCUCUUGUUUUCUUUGCUGCUUUUGAAGCACCAACAAUGGUGGAAGCAAAGUUGUGCGAGAGGCCAAGUGGGACAUGGUCAGGAGUUUGUGGAAACAACAAAGAGUGUAAGAAUCAGUGCAUUCGACUUGAAGGAGCACGACAUGGAUCUUGCAACUAUGUUUUCCCUGCUCACAAGUGCAUCUGCUACUUCCCAUGUUGAUAAUUACCAAAUAUAUUUGGAGUUAAAGUGUGUGUAUUCUCAUAAAAUAAGUCAUGUGUCAUUCUAUGAGUGACCUAAUUAUGACAUGUACUAUAUAUGUUUAUGCCGGUUUGCUAUAAUAAUGUAAUAUUCUUGUUUCUUCUUGUCCAUGUUUGUCUUCAACGUGGGCAUAAGGAGUGAGAACUUUUCAAUAAGAACACCCCACACGACU